CCAGAAUCAUUUCUUGAAGGUACAUUAGUACCAGAAUCCAUGUCUGAAGGUCAAGCAGUACCAAAAACAAUUCCUGAUGAUGAAUCAGUACCAGAAUCCACUCCUGAAGGUGAAUCAUUGCCAGAAUCCUUUCUUAAAGGUGAAUCAGUACCAAAAUCCAUUUCUGAAAGUAAAGCAGUACCAGAAUCCAUUCCUGAAGGUGAACCACUACCAGAAUUAUUUCUUGAAGAUACAUUAGUACCAGAAUCCAUUUCUGAAGGUCAAGCACUACCAAAAACAAUUCCUGAUGAUGAAUCAGUACCAGAAUCCACUCCUGAAGUUGAAUCCAUACCAGAAUCCACUUCUGAAGUUGAAUUAGUACCAGAAUCAAAUCUUAAAGGGGAUUCAGUACCAGAAUCUAUUCUUGAAGGUGAAUCAGUACCAGAAUCCAGUCUUGAAGGUGAAUCAGUGCCAGAAUCCACUCCUGAAGGUGAAUCAUUACCAGAAUCCAUUCAUGAUGGUGAAUCAAUACCCAAAUCUAUUCCUGAAGGUGAAUCAAUACAAGAAUCCAUUCCUGAAGGUGAAUCAUUGCCAGAAUCCACUCCUGAAGGUGAAUCAUUGCCAGAAUCCUUUCUUAAAGGUGAAUCAGUACCAAAAUCCAUUUCUGAAAGUAAAGCAGUACCAGAAUCCAUUCCUGAAGGUGAACCAUUACCAGAAUUAUUUCUUGAAGAUACAUUAGUACCAGAAUCCAUUUCUGAAGGUCAAGCACUACCAAAAACAAUUCCUGAUGAUGAAUCAGUACCAGAAUCCACUCCUGAAGUUGAAUCCAUACCAGAAUCCACCUCUGAAGUUGAAUUAGUACCAGAAUCAAAUCUUGAAGGGGAUUCAGUACCGGAAUCUAUUCUUGAAGGUGAAUCAGUACCAGAAUCCAGUCUUGAAGGUGAAUCAGUGCCAGAAUCCACUCCUGAAGGUGAAUCAUUACCAGAAUCCAUUCAUGAUGGUGAAUCAAUACCCAAAUCUAUUCCUGAAGGUGAAUCAAUACAAGAAUCCAUUCCUGAAGGUGAAUCAUUGCCAGAAUCCACUCCUGAAGGUGAAUCAUUGCCAGAAUCCUUUCUUAAAGGUGAAUCAGUACCUAAAUCCAUUUCUGAAAGUAAAGCAGUACCAGAAUCAAUUCCUGAAGUUGAAUCCAUACCAGAAUCAUUUCAUGAUGGUGAAUCAGUACCAGAAUCCACCCUUGAAGGUGAAUCAGAACCAGAAUUUAUUCCUGAAGGUGAAUCAGUACAAGAACCAACUCCGGAAGAUGAAUUAGUACCAGAUUUUGAACCUAAAGGUCACUUUGCUGAGCCUAUUCCAGAUUGGAAUGUUGCAAUGACACAGUACAAAUGGGGAUGGGAUUUUUUGGUUUAUUUGUUUGGAAUAAUGUUCCUUUUACUUGGAUCUUACAAUGUAUUUAAUAUUGUUCGUUUACUACCAAUGCAACAUUUAUUCAGUAGGAAUUACUUUGUGAUGUUGAAUAUUUUGAUUGCCAUCAUAGCCUUCUUGAGGGGAUUAUAUCUAUUGAUUGAUGCACAGAACAAAAAUGAGACAUUUCCGAUAAUAUUGAAUUACUUUCUUUACAGUACAGCAUUUCCAUGUUUGACAUCUGCUUUUUGUAUCUUGUUUUAUGCAUUGUUACUAGCAACAAAAGUCCAGGUGCUUUCAACAAAAAUACAGAAACUUUCGGUUCUCAUUGGAAUAAUUACUUUUCAUUUUGGGUUGUCAAUCGUUACUGAUGUUGUUGUUGGCUUAUUUGCUAGAGCUCAGGUACUAAUGCUAAUCUGUCAGCUUUUCUAUAUUAUAUGGGGAACUAUUUUAUUUACUGGAUUUUUAUACAUAUUCACAAAAUUAAGAAAAGCAGCAAUAAAUCGUUCAAAAAUUUCCAUUCACAGAGGACACACAGACAGAUAUACCUAUCAAAAUAGAAGAAUGGCUAUAAGAAAGAAUGUUAUAUCUGUUUCAAGUGACUAUACUUCUAGAAAAAUAAAGAGAGGGAAAAAGAAAAAAUAUAAUUUGAAUACCUCAGUAAAAAUUACUCUGAUAGCAGCAAUUCUUGGACUGGUAUGUAUUCUGCUCGAAAUAUAUGGAAUAUUUGGUGUAUAUAAGAUUCAGAUAGAUAACCAUUCUCCUGAACCAUGGCCUUAUUUUUCUUACCAGUUUCUUUUACGAUUGGUCGAAUUUUGUAUGUGUUUUUUAAUGGUAUAUGUAACUACACAAUCUGUUAAUUUCCAAAGAUCAAGUUGGCAUGACAUUGUUGAAAGAGCCUAUGAUACUUUCGGACAUAGUUGCUGUACUCAUCAGCAAAAUGAAACAAACAGCUUUGAAUUUAUAUCACCAGCAUUAGAUGUGAAUCAUAACAUUGGCGAAAAUCAUGAACAUGUAAUGUCUAAAUUUCAUGGUCAUAAUAAAAAGAAAAAACAAAGUUUACAUGCAAGAUUCAAAGAAUUUGGAAAAUCUAGGUUGUCAUUGACAACCAAUCUGCCUGAUCUUGUUCAUAGUGCUGUCAUUCAAGAAAAAAGAAAUGCUAGCAUUGAUCUCACUAACACUUGCCAUGCUGAAAUCCAUGAAGAAUCUCAUGAUAAUUCUAUUUUCAUCAUGGAGAUGGAAUUCAAUGUGAAGGAGAUUGAAACAAUUAAUUGUGAUUUCCAAACGAACAAAACACGAACAGGUGACAUGUCAUCAGUUGACAGAAUUAGUUUUAUUACUUCUGAAACUUUAGGAAGCAAUUUGAAUUUGUCUGCUGUGAGUUUGAUGGAGAGUAUGGAAAUUGAAUUUAAACAAGCAUUUGAAAGAAGCUUUGGACAAACUAGUUUACACAAGUCUGCUUCUGACAACUCCUGUACAGUUGGUCUUGAAGGAUCAGGACUUUUGAACAGUGAAUCUGCCAUAUAAAAACUGAUUAUUAAAAUUCUGAUAAAUGUUCUUAAUUGUGAUAUAUUUUUCAUUAGUUUUGAAGAAGAAAAAAAAAACCACAUUUCAAUAUAUUGUUAGAAGAAGAGAAUUUUUUGUUUGGGUUUGCCAGCCUGAUAACAUGUCUAAUUUUUGUCUAUAGGCACGCUGCUUCAGGCUGAGGUGACAUCUCACUUUUAUGGAGAUUAAUUGGGCCUACCCCCAUUUAUCAUCUAUUGACUUUGAAACUUUUGCAUGAUUUAAAUGUUAAAGCUUAAUUGUAAUUAUGUCUGCUUACAAUAUUAAGUUAAUGCAUAGUUUACAUUAAACUGUUGCCAUGUUGAUCAUACUUUUAAAUUACAUAUAGUUGAGAAAUAUCUUUAUUUCAACAGUUUAUUUCAGCGAGACAUAAAUUGACAUCCAUUAUUGCGAGUCUACUAUUUUCAAUAUUCCAGGGCUUGUAUUUCCUAUCAUGAUUUCCUUUAUAGAGGGUUGCUGCUCACAGGGAAGCUAUUAAAUCAAGAGUUCCAAGUGGUGAAGUCGAAAUCAUCCCAUUUGUAAGUUUUACGGACGCCAUCACGAAUUGGUUGAUUGUUAUGGAAUAUCCGUUUCACAGAUGAUAGUGGAUAUAUUCCUUAUGUCGUAACUACAAUCCUGUCCCCCCUUUUCCUGAAUGUGACCUAUCGAAUAAGACUUAUUACCAGGUUUGAACUUUUAUGAGCAACACGACGGGUGCCACAUGUGGAGCAGGAUCUGCUUACCCUUCUGGGGCACCUGAGAUCACCCCCAGUUUUUGGUGGGGUUCGUGUUGCUCAGUCUUUAGUUUUCUAUGUUGUGUUUUGAGUACUGUUGUUUGUCUGUUGGUCUUUUUCUUUUUUAGCAAUGGCGUUGUCAGCUUAUUUUCGACUUAUGAGUUUGAAUGUCCCUCUGGUAUCUUUUGCCUCUCUUUUUCAACUCCUAUGAUUUUUUUUUUUACAUUGGUGUAAUAUUUAGAUUAUUAGUAAAUUAUAGGCAUUGAAUUUAGUAUUUUACAUAUUAACCGGUAUUCUGUAUUAUGCACAUUAUUUUUUUGUAGUUUGAAAUUUUAUAUUUAUAUAUUUAAUAUCUUGUUGUAAUAAAUUUUUCAGAAUUAAAAUUAGUUAGUAUAGAAAGGGAGAUAAGUGCAGUUGAUUUUGAAUAUUUUACAAAUUGGGGGAUUUAAAAAAAAAUUUAGAAUGUUAAAUCAAUGGUUCCUUGGUUAUAGCAGCCUUUACAAAAAAAAACAAGUUGUUAGAAUCCAUAUGACAGGCAGAAUGAAGAAAUACAUUGUUUUUUGUACUUUUAGAAAGCUUCUGUCAUCAACUUGCAUGAAAAUAAGUACGAAACAUACAUAUAUUUUUGGUGUAAUUGUAUUUGGGUAGAAGCAGUAAACAAUGAUUUUGCUGCUGAUAUGUCAUUAUGUAUAUUAUAAAUGAUCUGUAAAGUGGUGCUUUUUUCAUAAUAAUUGUGUUUUUUAGAAUAUAUUUAUAAAACUAUACCGUUAAUUUGGAGGUUUUUGUAAUUAUAUAAUUUGUUGAUAAAUGUAUAUAAAUUGGUGCUGAUGUGGUAAUUGUGAUUUUGAGAAUAUUAAUUUCUAUUAAAAAAAUUUUGUUUGUAA